AUGAUAACUGUCAUUCACUGUUGGUCUGCUCCGAGAAGCCGCUCCACGGCGCUCCUUUACUCCUUCGAUGCUAGGGAAGAUUGCGUCGGUAUUGAUGAACCAUUGUACCGAGAGUGGUUGGUUGAAAAGGGUGACACUGUUGCAAGACCCUACACAAAGGAAUUGAUUGAAGGAGUUCCUCCGGAGGGCGAAUCGGAUGAGCAAGGUCAGUGGAAAAGGGAACGGUUGUCACUACAAGAGCGCAUCGCUGAAAUUGCGAAGAAGCUGAGCUCUGGAGUUAUCUUCUGCAAGCACAUGGCCAAGCACUCCCAUCUUUACGAUUUCGAUAAGGAAUGUGCCGUCGAGGGUGUGGAAGUUGUGCAUCGUCAUUUGUUGCUUGUACGAGACCCAGUAACAGUUCUUUCAUCUUGGGGCCAGUCCUCAGGCGUUCACGGUAAUGCCGCCACAUCAGACGAAGUUGGCGUCGUUCCUCUCUUGUCGAUUUAUUCGAAACUUGAAAGCCGGUAUAAUGGUGACAAAAAACAUGCCGUAGUCCUCGAAUCCGAGGAGCUUGUAAAGGACCCAAAUGAGAUUCUUUCUAUUAUUUGUGAAGAGCUUGGUAUUAAAUACAAGGAAUCGAUGCUCACAUGGCCCACUGGGCCAAAAGAGUGCGAUGGCCCAUGGGCAAAGUGGUGGUAUCACAAUGUUCACAAAUCGGAUGGGUGGAAUCGAAAAUCGACCAAGGACGAAUACUAUCCUCCAACUGGAAAGUACAGAACUAUAGACCCAUCAUUGAUGCCGGCCCUCAAGUCUUCGUUUCCAGCUUAUGAGUUCUUGAGACAACUAACCGCCAAGUAUCAAAAGCGUGGUCCACCGCCCAGUGAAAUUUACGAAGAUCCACGAAAUGAGCAUCUAUUGGUUUGGAUUGGUGCACCAGAACAUGGACGAUUGUACCCACGGAGUAUGGCAGCUGUUUCACCAUGGGACAGCAGUGUCCAAGGUGGCGAUGCGGCAUGGGAAGGUAUUCGAGUGUACAGAGGGAGGAUUCUCUCUCUAGAUAAACAUCUACGACGACUCGUGAGAUCAGCGAAAGCUUUGGGAUUCAAAAAUGUCCACACGAAGGAGCAAGUGACCGAAGCCAUAUUCCAAACUCUUGCAGCAAACGGCAUGCGUGACAACGCUCACAUGCGUCUAACCUUGACUAGAGGCGAGAAGUGCACCUCUAGUAUGAAUCCAGACUUUAAUGUCUACGGCACCACGUUGAUCAUCCUUCCGGAAUGGAAACCUACCGAGGGAGCGACAACGUAUGACAACACAAAGGGAAUUACUCUCAUUUCAGCGUCGCAGAGACGCAAUUCUCCAAACACUUGUGAUUCAAAGAUUCACCACAAUAAUCUGAUCAACAAUAUCUUGCCAAAGAUUCAAGCAAACCUUGCAGGUGCAGCUGACGCAAUCAUGCUGGAUGUUGAUGGCUAUGUCAGUGAGACAAACGCGACAAAUAUCUUUAUGGUAGAUGACGAAGGUACUCUUCUCACUCCACACGGAGAUCAUUGCCUUCCUGGAGUUACACGAAACACGGUCAUUGUUCUUGCUGCAGAGUUAGGCAUUCCAUGCGAGGUUCGUCGCGUGUCUUUGGCGGAGUUUCACGCUGCUGAAGAGGUAUUCACAACUGGCACAAUGGGAGAAUUAACCCCUGUGAAUACUAUCGACGGUAGAGUCAUCGGCACAGGAAGUCGUGGAGAAACCACAAAAAGGCUUCAGGAUGCAUACAAGUUCCUGCCAGAAAGGGAAGGCUGGGCAACUGAGAUUCCACCCUUUGAGUAA